AUGAGCUCAAACAUUUGUCUCCAAUCUUGUUUUGAAUUGACUUUUAAAAUAAAUUCCAUUCAUCUAAAAGAAGCUGAAAAUAUCGAUGAAAAAUUAAGUUUGGUGAUUAAAUUUGCAAAUAAAAUUUUGAGACUUGAAAACAGCAAAGUUAAGAGCAGCAGCGCCAGCAAUGAAGAAGAGAUGAUAAAAAAGGAACAAAUUUCGUCUUCUCGCAAAAAUGUGAAGAAGACUUUAAGAAAGUUCAAGUCACGAAGAGGUCAAUCUUUGGAGAGAACACGAACAUCUUUCAAAAAGCAGAAUUGUGAAGAUUUUGAUGACGAUGAUGAUUACUCCAGUGAAUGUUCACCCACGUGCAACAAAGAAACAUCGGAAUCAAGUGAUGCAACAAGUUCGAAUGGAAAUAUUUUUAGAUCAAUUAAACAACACGUUGACAGCACGUCGUCGUGUUUGUCAGAAAGCCUAUCUCAACACUGUAUCAAAUAUGAAAUAUAUCUUGAUGACCAAUUGAUUGCUAAAGCAUCUCAAGCAAUUAAUAAAUGUUUUGCCUUUUCAAUACGUAAUGAGAAUUUUGACACCGACAUAAUUAAUAUGAGAUUAGAUCUUGUAAAACCAAAUGAAGAUGAUUCUGGCACGAUGGAUGUUUCAAUUACUAUCAAAAAACUUGAAAAUCGAAAGCAUUAA